AUGGCUGGGCAUGAGUACGCCCAUCCAUUUGGAGCCGCUGGUCAUCCAUCUUACCUAGUUCAAUAUCCACAGUCAACGUUAGCAGUUCCGCCGGGACUCUUUCAGCCUAACGCAUUGGCUGGACCCGGUAUUCCUUCGGGAUACCCAAUGCAACAUAUUCCACAAGCGAUGACUGCAUCUGUAACGCCUACACCGCCACCAUCCAACACCAUCCCUCUCCAGCCAACGAUAGCCACCCUCUCCAUGCCUUCACCUCCCCAGGUAGAAGCGGUGCCAUUGACGGUCCAAGCGACGCUUCCUCACAUAGAAGAGGUUACAGGUCGCCCGACAAAGUCCGAGGCUCAAGGUCUGCAGGAGUCCUUUGCCGAGAUGGACUCCCUCCUUGAGAAGUUAGCUGAACAGCUCGGUACGACUCCCGACCUACUUCUCUCUCGCUACCUUGCGAACGAUUCGCAGGGUAGAAUAAAGGGAAAGGAUAAUCCCUGGAACACGUAUCAACAAUGGGUAUUGAAUGAUGACUCGAUUCUCAUUCAGGAGAUGCAACGCCUGGAAGAAGAAUCAUCUGAGGACAUGAAGUGGGAUGGUCAUUCACCCCCGGAUGCUCGGCAACUCAAGCUCGCCUUUUGGAGGUUCAAAGAUGAUGAAGAAGAUUGGGAAGAGAUUCUCCGAGAAGCAAAAAUCAAGGUGCUGCAAACAAAACAAAUUCAACAUUACCGCCGAAAGGCAUUCGAAAGUAUUUUUGAACGAAUCAAGUCUCUGUUAGCGACCGCUGAUAACCGUUAUGGUUUUAGCGGCGUUGCAAUGCUUAUCGGUAACAAUGUAAAUGAAGAUCAGUCACUUGCUCACAUCCACACGACGUCCAAGGUAGAAACAUUUGCCGAGGAUUGUUGUUUGACAGACCGAAGUGGUCUAAUAGGACACCUGCGGUCCCUUGCAUAUGAAAAUGCUCGCCGUCAAGUUCUGAAAUCGGAGAUCGUUGCGGCUGCUGAGAGGUUUGACCUCAUGUUGCAGUCUCCCACUGAACGACCUUCCAAUCCUGGAGUAGCUUCGGCUUCGACGACUUCAACGGCUGCAUCCUCUACCGCCAAGGAUGUACCCGUCAACACUACGUCCCAAAAUUCUUCAUCGAUUGUUUUCAGUGUCAGAGUUCCAAACUACUCGUCCGAAAGUAAGCUGACAGAGGCAGCAAGGAUGGCACUUCGUGGCCGUGCAAGUGAUGCUGGUCUCAAUAGCGAAAAGCUCUAUUGGAACACAUUGCACAAACACAUGACAAACGCGGGACUGGUAAUCAUUAAUUGGCCCCAUUCUGUCCUGCAACCAUGGACAAUCUCCUCCUCAAGUAGUAAAGGUAUCGCCAAGCUCGACAAGGCAUCAAGGAUGGCUUUGGUAGCAGCGUGUGAUGAGCAUUGUCGAGAGCGGUUGUCUUUUGUGCCUUGCCAGAAAACAGAUAUCAGGAACAGUAACGUUCCCAUACUCUCUUUCACACCAGACGCCGAUGGCAAAAUCGGAGAGAUAUUCCUCAAGGAUAUCAUGUCGAAGCCAAUCCGAAAACAUAGCAAGCGCAAGGCAAACAUCAAGCUCGAGGCCGACUCUGAUUCACUCGAAGGCGUUGACAGUGAUGAACUCGACAACAGCGAUGAAGAAGUUGCAAGUGCUGCACCAGCCACGAAUAAAGAAGAGGAGACACCCACAGCUCGACCACGAUCCCUACGAAGUACAGACCAUGCCAAGUCUCAGCCUCCGGCUGCUGAGACUGCCACUGUCAAAACUAGGGCCAAGUCCCAACCGCCACCAAAAAACUUGUCAUCUGCAUCCGUCAAGAAGGUCUCGUUCCAGGAUCCAGUGAUCACUAAUGAAGAUUCAAGAUUUACUAAGGCACCUCCAGUCAUCGUCACCAACGAUGUGAGCAUCUCUACCAACGUUCCGUCUAACUUCACUUCUCUUGAACGCCUUACCAACCUUCGCAACAAUACGGCCAACGACAAGCCGGCGAUUUCCAUGAAAGAUCUGGACCUGGUCAUGACUGGCAAGUGUCCCUCGCCCCCUUCCGUGGAUGAAGCCAACGCAAAGCGACCACGUUACGAGGAUCCUACCCCUGCAAAAAACCCAUUAAUGGUGGCGGCGUCAACUCACACCAGCACAUCUCAAAGCACCCCAGUGGCGAGUGUGCAACAAACGUACUCACCAGCUCCACCACUAUCGCUGAAACCUCCUCACUUCAGCCCGGCACCUGGCGAUGUCUCUCCCGAGCCCGUUCCCCCCUCGCAUCCGCAACGUCAUGCUACCCCUUCAUUGACAAUCACCCAUCCUCAAAGCCCGGCACUUCUACCGGCUGCUGCGUCCGUUCCCCUUCCUCCCCCACUGCAUCCGCAAUGCCAUUCUACCCCUACGAUUGCACAACCUCCAUACCUGACCCACCCUACUAGUUUCCAGAACUACCCCCAUCACCAACCUCCUCAGCCCCAGUUCUCGCCGGAACAAGUACAGGCGGUGAUGGCGAUGAUGGCCGCAUCUGGAUACCAGUUCCCGCAAUCCACUGGUGCUGCCAACCCGUUUCUGGCACGAGGCCAGGCGGCUCAACCAGGAGGUAGUGUGUAUCCUCCUCACUCAAACCAUUUUGCUCCCGGGCACCCCAUGCCCAAUCGGUACCCCGUACACCCGGAUGCUGGCUCCAACUACAGGCACAGAGGGGAGGUUGGUCAGUCCCCGUACCAAGGGGGAGACGCCAAAUGA